AUGAUCCACUUUGAGGAUAUCCGACUGGUGCUUGUUACGCGGCAGACGAGUCUCUCAGUUGAGGAUUAUCGUCACUACCAUAAAGGAAUUUCGCCCAGUCUGUGUCUGGCACCAUACCGCGUCAGUCCACGGCUCAUCGCGGUUGUAUCGGCUUGGGGAAGCAUUGUAAUAAUGCGGAUGCAGUUGGUCUGCGACAAGCGGCGCUUUCAACAGCACUCCGAAGUGUCACCGCAUCCAUCCAUCAGGAAGAGUCUGGAAUGUUUGCGACUUGGUUAUGUCGAUGUUCCACCAAACUUCAAACAAAGAUUCGAAAUUAACUUGAGUACUAAGUUGGAAAGCCGCCAGGGAAUGGCGGGAACACUAAAGCGGAUCGGACAAGGGGUGCACGGCCUGUGUGGCCAACUUGUCCUACUUGUCCUAGUAUCAGCGGGUCUAUUCAUGUCUAUGGUCAAGGCAGGAAAGGGCGUAGCCCAUUGCACUGGCUCCAAGGAUCUGUCGGACUCAGAGGAAAGAACUCAACUGCAACGUAGAUUGCAGAACCUGACUCCCGAGGUCCUAUCCGAUGCUGUGAUCGCAGUACAUGCUAACGUUGAAUGGAGGCGCGUGGGUGCUAUCGCAGCUGCUUUGCGCGUGGAUGCUGUUCAGAAACAUUUUAUGUUUCUUGACUUACUCGCUAAGAGCGAAGCUGACACACAUGUCAAUGCUGUUAUGGAACCACUCGAAACCGCUAUUGGGGCGCUCUCUAGUGAUACUACUGAUGAGCUGAAUGAUUGCAGAAAUAGCAGUAUUGCUGCGUUCAACCUUGAUGUGACGCCGUUCGUGGCUGCUGACACGGAAUUAGAUCAUGUCGAAGAUCUUUCAUCUGCGCACUUUCAUCUGCCUCAAAACAAUACCACUGCUGAAUGA